AUGGUAUCUCCUCUCAUCUGGGCGGGGGUUGUCGUGCUUGCCCGAGCAGCGAGCGGGGAUUUUGUCUCGACGAACUACGAUGAGUAUAAUGAUGGCGUGCUUGGGCACCGACCACAUCUUGAAUACCACUCAAGCACCGAAUUCUCGCCAAUUUUCCAAGCAACUGUUUGGAACAGUGACGAGAUCUCCGAAAAAGGAUCACACAUUUUCAUCCGACACGAUGGCAACGACACCUCGCCGCUCGCAACGCCCUUGGUCAUUGACGCACACGAUCUGAGCGCAGUGUAUAUGAACCGGACCUUCAAGAACGUGUUCGGCACCCGCGUCCAAGAAAACUUUGGCAAAAAGUACCUCACAUUUUGGGAGGGUGAGAAAGGCUACGGUGUUGGCGAUGGCUAUGGGCUCGCAUUUGACGAUACAUACCGCCUUGCGUAUAAAGUAUGGGCUCAAAAUAUCCAGGUCCACAGUGAUCUUCAUGAAUUUGCAUUCACUGGCAAUGGGACUGCCUUGGUAACGGGCGUCAACCCGACCCGCAUCCUUCAAUCGGAGUUUCCGCAGUGGAACUUGCCCUACAAUUUGGAUAUGUUGGACGCGAUAUUUCAGGAAAUUGACCUUGAGACCAAUGAGGUGAUUUUCAACUGGCGCGCAAUUGACCAUAUCAAUCCCAUGGAUUCAUUUGAGCCAGGCGCUACUGGCUGGGAUGCCUAUCACAUUAACUCCAUUGAGAAGACUCAAGCGGGCAACUAUCUCAUCUCAAUUCGUCACACGCAUUCCAUCUUGCUUAUCGAUGGCCAAACAGGCCAGAUCAUCUGGACAAUGGGUGGUGAGCGCAAUGAUUUUGUCGAGCUGCCCCCUUCAAUUGACUCUGAAAAUUGCCAACCCGUCCUCUCAAUGAGCUGGCAACACCACGCCCGUUUUGUCCCGGGCACAAAUGAAACAGAAAUGACAUUCUUUGACAACCACGGAAAAGUCACGAACCACGGCGAUUGUGAUACAGAAUGCUCGCGUGGCUUACACAUCGCCAUCAACGAUACCGUCUCACCACCCACGGUUCAACUCCUACGCGAAUUCCGUCAUCCAUCACAACUUCAGGCUCAAAGUCAGGGCAGUGUUCAGCCCCUCUCGCCCUCCAGCACGGAUCUCGGAAAUGUAUUCAUAGGCUGGGGCCGAUGUCCGACAUUCACAGAGCAUAAUUCUCUGGGCGAAACAGUCAUGAAUGUGCAGUUCUCGCCGUGGCAUAGUGACGAUAUUCCUGAUGCACUCGACAAUUACCGCGCAUACAAGAUGGAUUGGACUGCUACGCCCUGGUGGGAUCCUGCUAUUGCGUCGCGGAAGAAUCCGCAGGGCGAGUUGGUCUUUUACGUUAGCUGGAAUGGUGCGACGGAAGUUACGAACUGGGUUGUCCGUGGUGCUGCGACUCCUUCACGACAGGGCCAUGGCAAUGUCCUUGCUAAGUCUUCGCGAACAGGCUUCGAGACAAAAUUGGUUGUUGGGGACACCGUGUGGCAGUAUGUGUGGGCUGAGGCAUUGGAUGUCAACGGGAAUAUACUGCGAUCGAGCGAGGUCGUGGACUUGGAUACAGCCGACCUCGUUGUUGCCAUGGACACGUAUGAGGCCAACGCCACGCUUCCCUUCGCGAAACCAACUGAGAAAGCAGAGACGAAGACAGAGUCUGGGGAGUCUUUUGACACGAAAUUGAUUCUGCUAGGAACUGCUUUGGCAGUGUUCUCUACUGUUGGACUGGUCACGUGCAUUAUCUGGGUCUGGCAGCGAUGCCGUGGCUACGAGGAAUUGAAGGCGGAGGAUUUCGAUCUUGGUUCUGAGCAUGAGGAUGAUGAAAGAAAGUCAAGUGUCCCCAUUGACGACGAUGAUAAUGACGACCGCAUGGGUGCCAACAACGAUGCCCGAUCGAGAUCGAGUGUCUCUGAGCGACCUUUACUUCCUAUAGCACAACCUUAG